ACAAGAGAACAGUCGGUUCUUCUGUUAGUGAAAAGAAAGGAAAAUCUCCAAUGGUUACCAAGAGACUGCGGUCAUCAGGCAUGCAUGUAAAGACUGAGGAAAAUGUAUUAUCAGAGAAACCAGGAGAUAAAAAUGUAAUUGCAAAUGAUAAAAAUGACAAUGACAAUGACGAAGACUAUUUGCCACUAACUGAAUUUGUAAGUAAACAAAAGAAUUUGAACAGCAAGAAUGCUGAUGAAGUGAGCAAUGAUGUGGACGAGUGUAGCAUGCAGACAGACAAGAUGGAUGACGUUGUUGAAAGCAGCCAAAGCCCAGAGAAAAAUUCAAUCCCAGCCAGUGAAUCAUUGCCAAACAAAACGAAAACUGAUGUGAAGUUCUCAUCACCACAGCACAGCACAUCACCUGUUAACAGGCGGUUUGUCUUCCCUAAACUAUCUAAUUACUCAUCACCUUCUGCAAGAGAAAAACUGCUGAGAAAACCAAGCUCGCCACAAAGUGCGAUGGCCAUAUUGGCCAAACUGGCCAAUCAGCAGUCGCCAGCUCAUACACUGAUUAAUAGUGAGGAGUCUUCACCGAAAACUUCACCUGGUGGUGGGAUAUUGAAGAGAGGCCAUUCCGACUCUCCGUCUCCUCCUAACAAGAUGCGUCGUGUUAGCUUUGCUGAACCACUGGAACACAAUGAAACCCCACAAGACAGCCCAUCAUCGUCAGGUAACAAAACGGUCAGUCGGUGCCUGGAAAUGACGAAGACUUCAUUGCCGCCGUCUCCCUUGGUUACAACAACACCAUCCAAAGUAAUGACAUCUCAGUCUAAGUAUAUCACAACGCCAUCCAGGCAACCAGUGUCAGAUUCAAUAUUGUCAGCUUCCAGUCACAAAUCUAGUCCAAGCUUGAGAGAAGGACUUGUUACACCAACCUCUAACACUAGAAGACGUCGAUUUGUUAGAGUAGACAAUAGUCAAGCAAGUAGCCAGGAAGCUGAAGAAUGGAACAGUCAAGAGCAAGUGUUUCCAUUCCUGAAUGAAUGCAAAUCACCCGUGGAAGCAGUGUUGCCUCAACUAACUUCCUCAAUAUGGUCACGAGGAUUAGGGCAACUUGUUCGAGCUCGGAAUAUUCAUACUGUUGGUAAUCUUUGUUCUUUAACAUGUGGACAGGUGCAAAACUUGCCAAUCAGAUCACCAAAAGUUGAAACACUCAGAAAUGCAAUGCAACAUUUUCAGAAACAGCUUGACAGAACUAACAAAAGCUCCAAAUCUCAAAUACAGCAGACUGGAUCCGUGCAGAAUUUGCUAAAAGACGAAGAUGGCAACAAAGCAGUUCUUGAAGACUCUGACCAGCUACUUAAAGACGUCAAUAAUCUAUCAGAAUCGGCAUGCAAUGAAAGUAGUGAAAAAGUAUCUAGCGAAACAAGACAGACAUGCGAUGCUCUGGAAGAGACACCAAAACAAGAUAUCAGUGAAACUUGCGAAAUAAAUAAUGUUGCAUCGCCACCCCCUGCAAAAAAGAGAUUAGUCGAGAUACUUUCAGAUCUCCGGGAUGAUUUCACGGAAAAGAAUUUGAGUGAGCUCUCGAGCGAGGAAAUAUUCCAAGCACACAAUCACGUUAGCUCGUUGAUGAGCACUAUAGUUGAGGCUUUGAAAUCAAGAUGUGGCAAACCAACCAGUUAGGAUGUUGUUUAAGAAUUGUUUAAAUUGAAACUGAUUUUUUUCCUGGUGCUUGUGAUAACUAGUAGAAACUUUGGGGAUCUUUCUUUUUUUUCAAAAUACUGAUCCACACGUGUACAAGACACUGAAAUAAUACUGGUCCUUUGUUCGCACCCCUGUAUUUAAAUUGUAAAAUUAUUAAUACUGGAGUUCAUAGCCACAUAAACAAUGCAGGUACAUUAGGGUUAACCCACACCUCAGACGCUUUGCUUCUUCUGCUGAUCUGCACUGGCUCGGAAGAUGAAUUCUGAUUGGCUAAAAAAACAAGACUUGUGGCGUUGAAUGCACGUUCAUUCUCAGUAAUGUUAUGCAAAUUAGAAAUUCAAACUAGCUAAUCAUUUACAACCUUCCGAGCCAGUGCAGAUUAGCCCUGCUUCUCUUUUUACACCAUUUUGCAUCUAAAUAUUUGUUCAUUUUUAUUUAUCGACUUUUGACACGUUUUCAAAGUGCAUUUUAGAAUCAUGUUGCAAGAGAAUUGUGAUUUUCUUUUUUAAUUUGUCUGUUACUCUUGUGUAAUUGGCCUUUGCUAAUUACUACUUAAUUUAAGAUGGUCAUUUUUAUUGUUACUAUGGUGGAGUGC